CAACUUGUUCGCGACGGCGCCUGGCGGCUCUAUGCCCCGGAUACUCACAUGGGGAGAGUGAGGGCAAGUACACAACCAGCCCCGGCCCCACCUACAGAAGAACAAGGUGAUGAACGUCAAGGCCCAUCCAUCAACACUGGUCUCUGUCCACGGUGCCGUCGAGUAGCCACAGAGCCUAUCGAGCGCAUCGUCAUUGCAACUGGGCUGAGAGGCUCGGUGUUGCGGCCUCGCCACUGCAGUGGGCCUUGCCGUCUGUGAGUGAGUGGAGGAAGGAUAAGGAUGCGUGUGCGGUGGGGGUCGUCUCUGAUUGGCCUUGCUGUUUCGCUGGGGGUCCGCAUGACUGUGGCUGAGGUCGUCAAGCCAUCAGAAGACUUCUCGUGUCACGGUACGCACUGUACGCCAUCUCUGCAAUAACCUCUGCAAUGGAUCCUCAUUCCGGUGUCCGUACUGACAUGCAGAUUGCACUGCUCACGCGGAUCUGCGUCUUGUCAAGCCUGGCGCCCAGGCGGACAUUGCGUCAAAGUGUUUCUCCCCUGCUCCCCCUUCCUUCCUUGAAUCGUCUUCUCUCGAGUCAUCGGUCAUCCCCCACACCGGCCCCUCACACACAAGACGGAGAAAGAAACAUGACGCCGGCUCUUUCUCUCAUGCGGCUCACAAACGCUCUCUCGACGCUACCGUUGGGUAG